GUGUGUGUGUGUGUGUGUGUGUGUGUGUGUGUGUGUGUGUGUGUGUGUGUGUGUGUGUGUGUGUGUGUGUGUGUGUGUGUGUGUGUGUGUGUGUGUGUGUGUGUGUGUGUGUGUGUGUGUGUGUGUGUGUGUGUGUGUGUGUGUGUGUGUGUGUGUGUGUGUGUGUGUGUGUGUGUGUGUGUGUGUGUGUAAGGAAGAGCAGGAAUACUGGAGGAGAUGUAGAGGAUCAGUUCAUGCGCCGCAGUCUGAUUACCGGCUGGUUCUUUAACAGGAUUCUGCCCCGUGCCUUAGGACGUUACAGUAGGUCCGUAAUGAGGUUUACUUACCGUCACUGCGCCUCGGUCUCGGUGCUGAACGUUAUCCGUGCUGACUGACGCGCUCUGCGGCGGGGAGCGGAUGUCGCUGCGGCGCUGCUCGGCUCGCUCCGGCUCUCCGGCGGUGUUGGAGGCGGCAGCGGGCAGGCAGCUGUUCGAGGCCUGCAGAAGAGGAGACCUGGAGCGGGUCAAGAAGCUGCUCACGGCUGAGAAUGUAAACAGCAGAGACACCGCGGGCCGCAAGUCCACACCGCUGCACUUCUCCUCCGGGUUUGGUCGUAGAGAUGUAGUGAGCUACCUCCUGCAGCAUGGAGCUAAUGUUCAUGCACGCGAUGACGGUGGCCUCGUCUCGCUCCACAACGCCUGCUCGUUUGGCCAUGCAGAAGUGGUCGACCUGCUACUGCAGCAUGGAGCUGACCCCAACUCCAGAGACAACUGGAACUACACUCCUCUCCACGAGGCAGCUAUCAAGGGCAAGAUCGACGUCUGCAUCGUCCUGCUGCAGCACGGAGCCGAGCCGAGCGUCCGAAACACUGAUGGGAGAACGGCGCUGGAUCUAGCCGAGACCUCCGCUAAGGCGGUCCUGACCGGAGAGUACAGAAAAGACGAACUCCUAGAGAGCGCAAGGAGUGGAAACGAGGAGAAGCUGAUGAGCCUGCUCACGCCUCUGAACGUCAACUGUCACGCCAGCGACGGGAGAAAGUCGACGCCCCUGCAUCUGGCGGCAGGCUACAAUCGUGUGAAGACGGUGCAGCUGUUGUUGCAACACGGCGCUGACGUCCACGCUAAAGACAAAGGGGAUCUGGUGCCUCUCCAUAAUGCCUGCUCAUAUGGCCACUACGAGGUGACCGAGCUGCUCCUGAAGCAUGGCGCCUGGGUCAACGUGACGGAUCUGUGGCAGUUCACGCCGCUGCACGAGGCGGCGUCCAAGAACCGCGUGGAGGUGUGUUCCCUCCUGCUGAGCCACGGAGCCGACCCCAACUUCCUCAACUGCCACAACAAGAGCGCCAUAGACCUGGCGCCGACUGCCCUCCUGAAAGAUCGCCUGGCCUAUGAGUUCAGAGGUUACGCUCUGCUUCAGGCGGCACGUGAGGCCGAUAUCUUCUGCCUUAAAAAACACCUCUCGCUGGAGACCAUCAACUUCAAACAUCCGCAGACCAACGAGACGGCUCUGCACUGCGCCGCUGCAUCUCUUUAUCCCAAGAGGAAGCACGUGUGUGAGAUUCUGCUGAGGAAGGGUGCCAAUAUAAACGACAAGACAAAAGACCUCUUGACGCCGUUGCAUCUUGCCGCCGAGAAGUCGCACGACGACAUCAUCGAACUGUUAGUGAAGCACGAAGCCAAAGUCAAUGUGGUGGACAGUCAGGGACAGACUCCGCUACACAGAGCCGCUCAGCGCGGACACGUGCGGAGCUGCAGGCUGCUGAUCGGCGCCGGCUCAGACCCGCUCGUCACCUCACUGCAGAGCUUCACAUCGUCCCAGAUCUCCAAAUACAACAUCCAGGACAUGCUGCACAGUGUCGAAGGAGAGGGAGUGCUGAAAGGGAGUUUGGACACCGACAGGCAUCUCCUGGAAGCCUCCAAGUCAGGAGACCUAGAGACUGUAAAGAAGCUGUGCACACUCCAGAACGUGAACUGCAGGGACGCAGAGGGACGUCAGUCCACACCGCUGCACUUUGCAGCUGGCUACAACCGCGUGACCGUGGUGGAGUACCUGCUGCAACAUGGUGCUGAUGUACACGCUAAAGACAAAGGAGGCCUGGUUCCGUUACAUAACGCCUGCUCUUAUGGGCACUACGAGGUGGUGGAGCUGCUGGUGAUCCACGGCGCAGUGAUUAACGUAGCUGACCUGUGGAAGUUCACACCGUUGCAUGAGGCUGCUGCAAAGGGCAAGUACGAGAUUUGCAAACUGCUGCUUCAGCAUGGUGCAGAUCCCACCAAGAAGAACCGUGACGGGAACACACCUCUGGACCUGGUGAAGGAAGGUGACAUAGACAUCCAAGACCUGCUGAGAGGAGACACGGCGCUGUUGGACGCUGCCAAGAAAGGGUGUUUGACCCGCGUGAAAAAACUCUGCAGCCCAGGAAACGUUAACUGUAGGGACACGCAGGGACGCCACUCCACACCGCUGCAUCUGGCAGCUGGCUAUAAUAACCUGGAAGUGGCGGAGUAUCUGCUGCAGCACGGCGCAGAGGUGAACUCGCAGGACAAAGGAGGUCUCAUUCCUUUACAUAACGCUGCUUCCUAUGGGCACGUGGACGUGGCUGCACUGCUCAUCAAGUACAACGCAUGCGUCAAUGCCACUGACAAGUGGGCGUUCACUCCGCUGCAUGAGGCUGCUCAGAAAGGGAGGACACAGCUGUGUGCACUGCUGCUUGCACACGGUGCCGAUCCUACGCUACGCAACCAGGAAGGCCAGUCGCCGCUGGACCUUGUGACGGCUGACGAUGUCCGCGCCUUGCUGACCGCAGCCAUGCCUCCGUCUGCACUGCCAACCUGCUACAAGCCUCAGGUCAUCAGUGUGUCUGCCUCCGGUGCAGUCGUUACCUCUGACCUCUCCUCUAGUUCUGGCUCCAUCUCUGACACUUCCACCUCGGGUCUGGAGACACAGGAUGGCCGCAUGCCCGAGCUGCUGGGGCCGUCCGGACCCGAGGGAGCGGUGGGAGAGGAGAAAGCCAAGGAAGGCGCAACCUUGGAAUUGAGCAUCAGCCAGUUUCUUCAUAAACUCGGACUGGAACAUCUUCUUGAAAUCUUCAACCGGGAACAGAUAACACUGGACGUGCUGGUGGAGAUGGGGCACAAAGAGCUGAAGGAGAUCGGCAUCAACGCUUACGGCCACAGACACAAGAUCAUCAAAGGAGUGGAGAGGUUCAUUAGCGGACCUCAGAGUUUGAAUCCCUAUUUAACUCUAAACACGGCCAACAGUGGGACUGUACUGAUUGAUUUGGCUUUGGACGACAAGGAAUUUCAGACUGUUGAAGAGGAGAUGCAGAGCACAAUCCGAGAGCACAGAGAUGGUGGUCACGCCGGCGGAGUUUUCAACAGAUACAACAUUGUGAAGAUCCAGAAGGUGUGCAAUAAGAAGCUGUGGGAGAGAUACACGCAUCGCAGGAGGGAGGUGUCCGAGGAGAACCACAAUCACGCCAACGAGCGCAUGCUGUUCCACGGUUCUCCGUUCGUAAACGCCAUCAUCCACAAAGGCUUCGACGAGAGACACGCCUACAUCGGUGGCAUGUUCGGGGCCGGGAUCUACUUUGCCGAGAACUCCUCAAAGAGUAACCAGUAUGUGUACGGAAUCGGCGGAGGCACAGGGUGUCCUAUUCACAAGGACAGGUCGUGCUACACGUGUCAGAGGCAGCUACUGUUCUGCCGUGUAACGCUUGGGAAGUCGUUCCUUCAAUUCAGUGCCAUGAAGAUGGCUCACUCUCCGCCAGGCCACCACUCGGUGUCGGGGAGACCCAGCGUCAACGGCCUCGCCCUCGCUGAGUACGUCAUCUACAGAGGAGAGCAGGCUUAUCCUGAAUAUCUGAUCACCUAUCAGAUUAUCAAGCCGGAUGGGACUCUGGAUUAAGACCCCAACUCUCCAGUCCAGACACUGCAUGCACAUUCUCAUUCCCACAAUCUACACCAAUGUUUUCUUCCAUCUUUUCUACCACCCUUUCUUCGCUCCCUCGAUAUUUAUCACCGAUACCUGUCUUAUUCUGCAGACCUCAUCCAGUCAGUCAUAACCUUGUAAAUCCACAGUUUUCUCCAAGCCUCACAAAUGCAUCACAAAAUGUGGCUUAUUUAUUUUACACAACUGUAAGACGAGUGUAUAUAGGUUUCCUUUUUUGUACCAGCAUGUUGAUUUAUUGAUAUUUGUAUUAUAAAGAUUCUAUGCUCGGGUGACGUAUCGUAUAAAUCGGAUGCCAAAUCCGUUAAAGCUACAGAAUGGUAGAUUUUUGUAUUUUGCCAUCUCUGGGGGUUAUUUGUGGGAGAACGUUUCGUACCAUGAGUGGGAUUAACGUAAUGGCUCGGAGUGUGAGUUCAUAUGUGUUCAGAUGAGUAGUACAGAUUAAGAACAACGACUGAGGAUAAAUGCAGGGUGGAUAAAACACUAGCUGAAGCACAAUGUAGAAAACAAACCUAUAAUGUGGCCGAGAAUCGAUCUAUGUUAGGCUGCGUCUUGUUCUCCAGUCUGAUAGAAACAUCUGGAAUGAACCAGAUGAUGUAAGAAGGUAACCAAGAAAAGAUGGAGAUACACAGACACCUCCUGUAGGUCUGCAGAUUAUACACCAACACCACGGGCUAAUGAUACAAUCUACACAAAACGAGUAUAAGCUUAGUCUUGCACUUUCUCACUCUCUUCCCCUUCCUCUUUCUCCCCACCGUCCUUCUCUUCCCACACCCCUCUCUCUCUUUCUUUCUCUCCAUCUCUAAAUCUUUUCAUCCUUCUCUCUUGCUCUCUCUACCUACCUGUCUCUCUCUCUCCCUCUCUCUCUCGCGCUGUCUCUAGCUGUCUGUGUCUUUUCUCUCUCUCCCCUUCCAUCCUUCUUUCCCCACCCCAUUCUUUCUCUCUCUAACUCGUUCCAUCCUUCUCUCUCUCUCUCUCUCUCUCUCUCUCUCUCUCUCUCUCUCUCUCUCUCUCUCUCUCUUUCUUUGCUUGUUUCCCCACCCCUCCCUUUAUUUCUCUCUUCUCUCUAAAUCCUUCCAUCUUUCUCUCUCUCUCUGACACACGGUUACAGGAUUACCAGGUUGACUCACAGCUCAGGAACAUCAUAUUAUACAGAAUUUUAUUGUCCCAAUAGUCAGUGAUUUUUUUUUUUCACCUCCAAAAAAAAUCUACACACUGUAUCUUUAAACACUAUGGCUGAAACGAGAAACGUCACUGAAGAUUAUUACACCUUUAUGGCAUUACAAUAGACGUUCUUGGUGUCGGUUUCGUUCUAUUUUGGUGUGGUGUUCUUUGUAGACGUCCUCCGUAUAGACAGGAUGGAGAUUUCCCAAGGACAAGCUCAAAAUUCUCAAUUAGAAAUCUGUUUCAUUUUGUGACGGAGGAAACGGAACCCGUUCUGCAUUUUACUAUUGUUUUAAUGCACCUUCGACGUUUUCUCCUCCUCGGAUGCUGUUUCAACAUUUUUUUCGCAAUAGCACAAUUAACUCAAAUUACACACUCGCCUCUUACACAGCAAUGUUGCGUAGAAAUUCUAUAGGAGGCUUUCACUUGCAAUUUAGUCUGAAACAGAGCCAUGAUUCCGGUGAAUGUGAACACAACUCAGGUCUUCGCCUGUUCAGGUACAAAUGUAACCUGCUCACCUGUAAGUUUUUUUCAAAAUGUUCAGCUUCAUCUGCUAGCCUAGUGGUUAAGGUGUUGGGUUACCAAUCAGAAGGUUGUCAGUUCGAUUCCUACGUCCACCAAGCUGCCACUGCUGGGCCACUGAGCAAGGCCCUUAACCCUCAAUUGCUCAGUUGUAUAAAAAUGAGAUAAAAUGUAAGUCGCUCUGGAUAUAAGGGAUAUAAGCUAAAUGCUGUAAAUGUAAAUCUGCUCCGAUUUCAACUGUUAAAAAAGCCAAUCAUCAGUUUCAUUUUUACUGAUACACCAAAGAUAAAGACUGAUGAAUAAGCAACAUGAUUACUGGAAUUUGCAUUUUUUCCCCAUAAACUGCUUUGAAGAAUGGGAACACAUGUGGUAGCUGUUUACAUUUUUAAACAGACUUCAAUAAAUAUACUGAGUAAGAAAUCAUUUUUUCACGUGGCCAUUGACUCCAAUAAUCUGAACGCCACUCUGCCAGUGUAUCUAACCAAGGGUGAGUUGAACAAUACUGGGAAUGCGGAAUACUCCCUUUCCUCCUAAACAUGAUGGACAGCCCGGCUUAAAAAGUAGCUGGUUUGUACAUUAAGGACAUGACUCAAGCAACUCUUAUGCCGUCGUUUCGUGACCGUCUCUGAUGCGACUCAUUUGUUGUGCAUGGUAUGCUUUGUAGAGUCAUGUUUGGAGAUGCUUUUGCUUUGUGCUUCUUCGGUGUUCCAUGGCAGGGAUAAUAAAUAAAAAACUAAAAACA